AUAGAAAAGAGAGAGAAGUAGCUAUAACUAUCUAGAUAGAUAGAGAGGUAUAUGCAAUACGAGAGAGAGAGAGUAAUGGAAAAGAGAGAGAAGUAGUUAUAACUAUCUAUCUCGACAGAGAGACAUAGGCAGUGCGACAGAGAAAAAAGAGUGAGAGAGUAAUAAAAAGAAGAGAGAAAUAGGUAUAACUCUCUAGAUAGGGAGAGAGUUAUAGGCAGUGCGAGAGAGACAGAGUGAGAGAAAGGACAGAGUGGUAGCUGUAAAUAUCUCGAUAGGCAGAGAUAUAUAGGCAGUGCGAGAGAGAGGGAGAGAGAGGCGCGCGCGUGUGUGUGCGAGAGAGGGUGAACAACAUGGACACGGAUUAUAUUCUGCAGAUUUUCUGGCAUGAGAAAUUCUGGUUACCUGUCGGUACGUCGUGGACGAAUCUGGAAAGUCAUGAGAAGAAUGUAUAUUACCCCAAGGCAAGGGACAUGUCUUUGGCAGUGCUGGUCGCGGUCGUCUUUCUGGCUUUCCGAUACUGUUACGAGAGUUUAAUCAUUGUCCCUAUAGGCCGGUACCUGGGGAUUCGAGAACAUCAGAGAAAAGUUUCACACAAUCCAGUCUUAGAACAAGUUUAUAGAAAAAAUAAAGCCAGUAUUGAUGAUACGCAAAUGAAGCAUCUCAUCAAAGAAACAUCUAUGAACAGUCAACAUAUAAAAAAAUGGAUGAGGAUGCGGAGACUACAAGAUGCACCAAGUACAAUGUUAAAGUUUCGAGAAUGCAGUUGGCAUCUUUUGUUUUAUACUUCAGCAUGCAUAUAUGGUAUCAUUAUUUUAUGGGAUAAACAUUGGGUGUGGCACACUGAAGACUGUUGGAGAGGAUGGCCUAAUCAUAAUGUUGGCACAGAUCUCUACUACUAUUAUCUUUUUGAAUUGGCCUUUUAUGGCAGCCUCAUCUUGAGUCUACUUAUGGAUAUCAAAAGAAAAGACUUAAAAGUGAUGAUCGUCCACCAUGUUGCAACUAUCAUUCUUCUCUCUAUGUCAUGGUUUUUGAAUUUUGUUCGCAUCGGAUCUCUCACAUUGAUUGUUCAUGACAUAGUCGAUCCAUCCUUGGCUGCUGCAAAAAUGGCAAAAUACUCUAAAAAACAGACUCUCUGUGAGAUUGUCUUUGGGAUAUUUGCAGUUCUGUGGAUGAUAUCCAGACUAGGAAUUUAUCCAUUUUGGGUGCUCCGCUCGGUGUAUUUCGAAAUACAUGAUCAUGUCGCCUCGUUUCCGUCAUUCAUAGUGUUUGCAACUCUGUUGUUUAUAUUACAAAUACUUCACAUCGUUUGGACAUACAUGAUUAUUAAGAUAGCCAUCCAGAAAUAUACGCAUGGGCAGAUCAAUCAAGAUGUGCGCAGUGACACAGAAGAGGAAGAUGAUGACGACGACUUUAUAGAUGAGACAGUGCCUACCGUCACCAACCAUGUAACAUCCAACAACACACCAAAGGCAAAGAGGCGCCUUGUAGACGGUCAUAACUCUACUAAUCAAUCUUAAAGAAACACAUUUUAUCUAUAUAUAUAUAUAUAUAUAUAUAUAAACACACAUACAUACAUACAUACAUAUAUAAAUAACAAAUUUUUCCUUCAAGAAAGAAAGGAAAUCCCCCCCUCCUUAUUUUUUAUUUCUUUACAUUUUUGGGUUUUUUUCCGUGUGACUGUUCUAUUUUGUUUCUCCUCAUUUUGUUUAUCUUAAAUUUAUUUUUUAAUUUAUUACUGAAAUUAUUGUCA